UGGACGAUAUAUCGUCUUUUGUUCAACAAAUGGGAUCAGAAGGAAUCCAACUACUUACUGUAGGAACAGGAAGACAGACAAACAAGGACUUUUUAGAAAGACUAGCACAUCUUGGAGGUGGGCAAUAUCAUGAAUUGGACAACAUUACAAUGCUUGCAAAAUAUUUCAGAGACCAGUUCAUUGUUGGGAAAGUGAUACAUGAACAUAGAGAAAGUGGAUGGAAGGAAGACUAUAAGGCAGAGUUACAGAGAAUUCUAAACACAAACACUUUUAGGCUUGACAAUGAAGAUAUAGAAAGAAUUGAAGAGUUUUUACUGCAGUCAGAAGAGUUGUUUGAUUCUGAGUACCCGGGGCUUCCAAAACUUGGAUCACGUGUUCAAACUAAGGACGGCCGAUGUGGAACUGUAGUAAGACAUAGAAAACAAAAUUGGAUUAAAAUACACUUUGACGAAAAUGACGAAAUAAUGUAUUUUCACUUCAUACCAAAUGCUAAUAAUAAUGGUUUACAAAUAAUAAACCUCCCUCGAAGACAGGAAACUCGCUCUACUGCAUAUGUCGGACUGCUUAUAUACAAAUAUGAUCGUUUCAACAAAAUCAAAGGAUGGGGGUAUUUGUAUGACAGAACAGAGUCGGGAUAUUUAAAGGUAAAAUGGGAAGAUGGUUCAAAGGACAUAGUAAAAGCUAACGAUCUAUAUAAAAAUGAUUGUUACCGAUCGUUUGAUUCGAUGUACGUAAAAGAAACAUAAAGAAAAAGAAAGAUUCAUUAUAUGUAUUUUUAACCAAACUUUAUAUAAAAUUUAAAAGAUAACAAUUUAUUUCAAAAUAUUCUAUGACUUGUAUAACUUCAUUUAUAAAUUUUAAACCAUAAAUGACUUGUUUGUAACUAACUUUUGUUCUUAGCAGCUGAUGAUAAUUUCGUCUAUAUAAUAUCGUCUAUUACCAUAUUUUAUUGUGUAGAACAUAAUAAUAUUACACGUUGUAAGAUGAAUAAAUGAAAUUUUGUCAUAUCUUUCCUACCAUCUUUAAGAGCUGACCACAAGCAACAUCUUGUUUUGGUAUUUUGCUCUCUUUACUGUUUUCAUAACCAUUGGUUGUAAAUGUUACUACUGUCCAUUGGUUGUAAAUGUUACUACUGUCUGUGUGUAGUUUGAUAAAAUGGAGUGACAGUGUGACUGGUGUUUCCUGACGUUUUUAUUAAAAUCAUUUAUGUAUAUACAACUAUUACUUGUGUUUGUUUUCUUAAUAAAUACCUACACCUGUGACUCAAUUCUAGAGCCAAGCUUUGUUCAAAUAAUCUGACGUUAUAUUAAAUAUUGUAAAAUGAUUUCGAGUGCUGAUCAUACAUAUGUCAUUUUCAUGAGAAGGAUAUAAACAUAUUAACAUUAUACACGUUACCUGAAUUACAUAAAAACCCUUUUACAAUAUC